UUAUGAAAACAAUUCCACACCACAUACAUCAGUUCAGCGUAAAACAUGUGGACAUCAAAUAGAAAAACUGUUUUAAAUUGAUAAUGGAGCAAAUCGAUUUUCAAUUUGGAAAUCUGUUUUUAUAUUUACAAAGCCGAAGCUUACUUAAUAACUAAAAUGGUAAAAAGGAUAUAUUUUCAAAUCAGCAUUCUACUUGUCAUUGCGCUCUUUUUUUCUCACAUAAGUUGUGCUAAUAUUGCCAAAUUUCUUGAACGAGACCCUUUGCUAACUGUUACAAGACACUUUAAUUUCAAUAAGCCAAACAAAAGAACUCUUGAACAACAAAGUCAAAAAAGUCAUAAUCUUAAAACUAUAGAACCAUUAUCUCCAGAAACAUUUGUAGACAUAUCUGAUACACACCAAAAAGUUGAUAAUAAAGAUCAAAUACCAAAAUCAUUUGGUAAAGAUGUUGAUAGUGAAUUUUCAGUUUCAUCAGGAGAAGGGAGUACAACUGACACAAAAUUUCAAGUUGUUAAUGCUGACAGUGCUCCUAUAAAAAAUGAAACAAACAAGACUAAAAAUAAUACAUUACAAAACAAAGACAUUUUACAAAUAAUAAAAAAAACUUCUAUUUCUAAAGUGAAUAAAAAAUUAAAUGAAAAAAGUGAAAUUAAUCAAAUGAAUUUAAACCAUGCAAUGUUAGAUAACUUUCUUACUUUAUUUCGACGAUCUGUGAUCUUAAAAAUGGGCCAUGCUCAUAAAAACACUAAUAGCAAAUCUUCUAAAAAUAAAUCAGAAAAAACAACUAAAGUAAAGACAAUUAAUCAUAAACACUUUUUACAGCAAAGUAAAAAAGUUGAAAAAGAAAAGCUUCUAUCAAAGUCCAGUGAUCCCAGUGGAGUUGGUGAUAAAGCAACUAAAAAACAAGUUUUAGAUACACCUCAAAAAGAUAAUGGAGAAAGUUCUUUAGCUGAAGGUGAACAGGAUGGGGGGCUUACAGGUUUUGGCAGUGAUGUAAAUGGUGUUCCUACUGGAAUGGGAGCAGGUGGUGAACCACUUGGUGCUUUUGAAAACCAACGAGUUCCUAAUAAUGAGAUGGAUGUAAGACAACAGCAGCAACUUUUUGAAGACCAAGAGGCUCUUUCUAGCAUUCCUGCAAACGCAAUGAACCAUAAAGGAGAGAUUCAAGAUACUCCUAUGGGAGAUCAAUCUCAAGUAGAUAUUGAUCCUAAUGCAAUGAAAAUGGACUCAUAUGGUAACCAACGAAAUGAAUAUAAAUUAGGACUAGAUCCAAACCAACUAACAGAAUCUCCAAGUGAUCUAACUCAGUCAAUAAGCAUUGCUGGUAUAAAUAAAAACAUAAAUAUACAAGGUGACCAAGAUGUUGGUGAGCUGAUACAGCAGCAAAAACAGCAACUAAGCUCUGUUGAAAAUCAAAAUCGAGUCCUUCUUAAGAAUUAUCAUCAUUCGUUGAUGGAUGUAAAAUCAAAAGGCGACAGUGACGGUGACAACGACGUUUUAGACAACGUCCCAAACAACUCCAAACCAAACUUGAUGGAACCAGAACAACAAAAUGAUGUUAAACCUUUUAAAAUAAGAACAGAAUUGCAAAAUAGUAACGAAGAUAGUUUUUGGGAUAAAAAUGGAAACAUUGCGUUUUAUGGAGUACAAGGAGAAGUUGAUAAAGAGAUACCCGAAAAAGCAAAGUAUAUUCUUCAUCUUCUAGACAAAGAAGCGGAGAGCUACGAAAUGGCAAACAAAGGAUAUAGACCUACUUUGUUUAAAAAUAAUGAGGAGAGGUUUAUGUCAAAUAUUUUUAAUCCCAAAACAGUAAAUGGAGGACUCAGCGAUGUGACUGAAAACUUUCUUAGAAAUAGUUAUAUCCCAACAGAUCAAUUUGCAAACCCGAGUGUUGAAAAUAAAAAUUAUUUGGGGAUUCAAAGGAGUCAUCAGCAAUUUCAUAACCACUUAAACAAUUAUUUAGGACGUGAGUGGCAAAAUUAUCAUAAGCAUGAACGAGAAAAUGCAUUACAGCGUGAAAGAGAAGAACUAAUUGAACAGGAGCAAAAAGAGCACGCUUCUUUAUUAGCCUAUAGACUGGCAUUACAAGAACAAAAACAUUUUUUAAAACCAGUUGAAUCAAAAACUUUGGAACCUGAACUGAGUUUAAUGUCAGAUAGAGGAGCAAGACAAAACGCGGAAACAAUUUAUAACAGUAACUCAAAACAGAUGCAGUAUAACCCCCUAAAGGAAUCUGGAAAAUUUGCUAACACUCCAAACAAUCUUGAUUUAACGCCAAUUAGUAGCGAUGUUUUGAACAUGGAGCAGGUUGCUAUGAAAAAGAAGAAGAAAAAAAAGCGUACUAAUGUCGUUAAGUUAACCGGAAGUCAUUCAAAGAAAGCGUCAUCAACUAAAAAUGAUUUUUAGUAUUUUAUAAAACUAAUGAAAUGAUCUGAGAAGAACAGAAUCACACCAACACAUUAACAAGAACAGAAUCACACCAACACAUUAACAAGAACAGAAUCACACCAACACAUUAACAAGAACAGUAUCAUUAUAAUACGUUAACAAGAACAUUGUCAUAUUAAUUUGUUAACAAAACAACACUUAAAAAAUA